CAAAAGCAGGUUGGCUAUAGUAAAUACACGCUGAACUACUUCAGUGACUGUCCACGGCUUCAGUAUGCUCAUCACGCACCAUAUUCUUCAAUAUAAUGGAGGUCACACAACUUCCGAAAAGACUGAGAAAUAGAGCAAAAAGAUCAUCUGCGAAGCAAGAGAUCACCAGUCUUCACAUGGCACUACACAGUAGAGUUCCUAAGGGACCACCCUACAUGGAGAGUUUCUGAUGCAGUUGCUUUCCAUUUGUUUUGAGCUAGAAAUUAAAAGGGGCGUGUCCCGAGUUGUCUGCAUAUGGAUUCAACUGUUGGAUUGAGAAACUCGGUAUGAAGUUUAAAGUAGUCUUUGGCGUUCAUCCUCUAGUUCUUUGACAGCAUGAAUGAUCCUCGAGCUGCCGGAAGAAGCAUGCGAGACCAGGAGGUGCAGUUCUUCAGGUCAGCUGAUCCAAUCGACGAGAAGAGGCAAUCGAUGCUCAUAUCUGGCCGGACUCAAGGACUCUCAUUAACUCUCGGGCCGAGAAGAAGAUCUGAAUGCACGUUCUCUGAAAGAGAAGGCAGUGCAUCUGUGUCCUCUAUGUCCUCUGUGCUUCAGCAAUCCAGAUUCUUGAAGCCUGCUCGAGAGCUGCUCGAUGAGGUCGCGUCUGUGAGCAGUGCAGUCGAGCUGAGCUUCGAUGAAGACCCGAGCAAAGUAAGGCCAUUCGGAGUGAUCUCUCUUGAAGUUGAGCAGAGCAGCCUUGAUGCUGAUGUUAGAGUCGUCAAGCUCGUUGCUUUGUUGGAUGAGCUCGAGAACAGAUACCGGCAGUACUUCCAUAGAAUGGAGAGAGUGAUAUCGUCUUUCGAGAUCGUUGCAGGGAGUGGAGCUGCUGGAUCCUACACCGGCCUCACAAUCCAAGCUAUGACCCGGCAUUUUGCCAACCUCAGAAAUGCAAUCAUCACUCAGAUUCACAGGCAUUCUUUCAAACACUCGCCGGCGCCGGCGGAUAAAAAUCUGAGACUGAAGAGAGAAGCUCUUCAGAAGCUUGGGAUCAUCCAAAACAAACAAGCUUGGAGACCACUCAAGGGGCUCCCUGAAGACUCGGUUUUGGUCCUUCGAUCUUGGCUAUUCGAGAACUUCCUUCACCCCUACCCUGAUGACAAUGAGAAACUCAAGCUGGUUUCAAAGACAGGAUUGACUAGAAACCAAAUCUCCAACUGGUUCAUAAACGCGCGGGUGCGGAUAUGGAAGCCGAUGAUAGAGGAGAUGUACAGGGAGGAGUUUUCUGAGGAUUCAGGAAACAUGAGCCCAUGUUGCAGGAGCAAUGAAGAAACAUAAAGAGGCCAGCAAAGUUAGAGGAUUAUGGAACUGAACGAAAAUGGCAUAAAUCCAGUUUGCAACAACAUCAAUGCAAGUGACAAGAGUGUUCUGUUUAGCUUGUAGCUUAUGGAAUGUUUCUUGAUAUUGUGUGACAACGAGUUCAAACGGUCAGAUAGCGAUUCUUUCAUUGCAAUGUUUUCAAGAGUGUUCUGUUUUUUUCCUUUUUUCUUUUUAGUUUUCUUGGAGGAAGCCUGCCGUAAUAUAUCCUCAAUUUUUUUGGA